AUGACAGUUACUUACUCGAGUAAAGUGGCCAACGCCACCUUCUUCGGCUUCCACAGACUGUUAGUGAGGUGGAAAGGCAGCAUUUACAAACUACUCUACCGCGAAUUUCUCAUUUUUGUUCUUCUUUACUCCAUCCUUAGCUUCAUCUACAGAUGGGUGCUUACAGAUCCCCAGAAGCGUUUCUUUGAAAAACUGUCCAUAUAUUGUGAUCGAUAUGCUGAACAGAUCCCGGUCACAUUUGUGCUUGGUUUCUACGUAACGCUGGUGGUGAACCGCUGGUGGAAUCAAUUUCAGAACCUGCCGUGGCCUGACCGGCUCAUGUUACUCAUCUCGAGCUAUGUUCAGGGUCAGGAUGAACAGGGCCGGCUGUUGCGACGCACACUAAUGCGCUACGUAAACCUCACCUCACUGCUUAUCUUCCGCUCAGUGAGCACUGCAGUGUACAAGCGUUUCCCUACUAUUGACCAUGUGGUGGAUGCAGGCUUCAUGACAUUAGAAGAGAGGAAGAUCUUUGAGAACCUCAAAUCACCACACCUCAAAUACUGGAUCCCUGCGGUGUGGUUCACCAAUCUGGCCUCCAAGGCAAGGAAAGAGGGCCGAAUACAAGACAGCGUGGAUCUUCAGAUCAUUCUCACUGAGAUGAACAAAUUCAGGACCUGGUGCUCUACGUUGUUUGGAUACGACUGGGUUGGGAUCCCUCUGGUUUACACGCAGGUUGUAACUUUGGCCGUCUACACAUUCUUCUCAGCCUGCAUCAUCGGUCGACAAUUUCUUGACCCCGCUCAGGGCUACCAGGGACACGACCUUGACCUUUAUGUGCCCAUCUUCACAUUGCUGCAGUUCUUCUUCUAUUCUGGAUGGCUUAAGGUAGCAGAGCAGCUCAUAAAUCCAUUUGGAGAGGAUGAUGAUGACUUUGAGGCCAACUGGUGCAUCGAUAGGAACCUGCAGGUGUCUCUGAUGGCAGUGGAUGAGAUGCAUAUGAACAUUCCCCCCAUGACUAAAGAUAUUUAUUGGAAUGACCCUGACGUACGGCCACCGUACACCCAUGCUUCUGCAGACUACUGCAUCCCAUCAUUCUUGGGCUCCACUACUGAUAUGGCUCUCUCUGAAGUAUUACACAGUGAGGAUGUUGAUGCUAACAACCCGUGGGGGCAUGCCACAGUUCUGGGCCGCAUGCGUCGCUUGCUGAGCGUUCAGGAGCCUGUGGAUCUGCACAUGAGGCCAUCUUUCAAACGCCACAGCAGUGAAAUCUCCAGCUUCUUACCCUUUAGCACAGACUACCAUUUUCACCCCAGAUUGGAGGAAAACGGGAAGCCUCACUCCAAGCUAAAUGCCCAUGCACACUUUUACCCUCUUUCCACUGUCAGCGAGGUGAACAGCACCUCACCUUCUUCUGAAGUCUCAAUACACACCCCAUUUUCCAACAGUAUACCUUCAGUAGUGGUCACUGAACCCCAUAUAGGUGACUUCAUUGAUAAUGACAGUGUUCUACAGGAGUGCACAGGACAUAUACUAUCUGAGGUGUCUUCAUUAGAGUUAGCUCAGGUUCAGGAGCAUUGUGGAGAGGAGGUGAACACAGCAGAAGGCAUUACAGAGACAGACUCCAGGAGGUUUGGCCACUUUUCUCCAGCUAGUAAGAUGAAAAAUAAUUAACUGUCGAGACAGAGCUCAAUGAGUUCCACAAAGAGCUUUCCAAGCCCCAAAGAUGUACUGAGAAGGAAAGCUCACCACAAGUUUGAUUCCACACAUCCACAAGCAUCUGAAACUGUAGACUCAAGCAGCCAAAAGAAAGAACAGAGAAGAAACCUAGACAGAUGAAAGCAGCUCUUUCAAAGUAGAACUCUUGACCCAAACUUGGGUGACUCCAGCACUGGUUCUAACUCUGAACCGGAUUUUCGGUGUGCAUCUUGUUGAACCCCUUGGAGCCCAGACACUUUUAGAUGAUAUACAGAAGACAGUUAUCUUUACAGAAGCCCUGAACUGCAAAUUGUGAAGACUUUUUUUUCAAUUGCUCAUCAUUUUGACUUAAUCAUUAUUUUCAAAAUAACGAUUUAGUAAAUCAAAUGCCGCUUUUCCACUACAAACGCGGCUGAGCCGUGCCGUGCUGAGUCGAGCUGAGUCGAGCUGAGCGGGGCUAUUGAAGUUGCAUUUCGACUACAACCGCGCUGAACCGUGCUGGCUGGAAGUGGGUGGACACAUUGAGUGGAGUUAGCGAAAGUGGGUGGACGUCACGUGAUGUCGUUAAGCAGCGCAAACAGUGACAUCAGUGACAGUGGCGGAACAAGUCAGAGCCGGGCCGGGGGCGGGGCAAAUGACCGGGCAUUUUAUUAAAGCUUAUCAUAACAUCAUUUUAGGCUACAAAAUGUCCGCAACUGCGGUGUUUA